AUGGAUGUAUUCCAUUCCGAAGGUCUGCAAUACCGUAGUUUCAGCUCUCCUGAGGAUGACGACUUCUUCCAUUCCAUGCAGAGUGACCCCGUUACCUUCACAAACUCCUGUGUAUCACUCACACGACCUGUGGACCGCCGGUUCACCAAGAAUAUCAGAAAGCACCUUACCGAGAACUCGCUCUUGUUCGUGGUUAUCUACAGAAUACCCCGUUUCUCAGACAAUUCAAUCUAUCUCCGCAAUCGGGUGCAACCCGAGCCCGAGCGCAUCGGCAUAAUGUUCUUGAAGUCUGCAAGUCCAGAUAUGGCUCACCACCGUUGUUCAGAAUGCGGUAUCGAUAUGAAGAAGCACUACCAAAGCCAAUAUGGUGAUUUGGCAAUCAAGUGGAGGCUUGACUGGGCAUUCAGAAGUGCUAAUCUGCACCGGGUGGAGUGCAAAGUUUUCGGUUGGAACACUGGCAUACUGAAGAUUUUUAAGAGUGUUGGCUUCUUUGAGGAGGGAAAGAGAAGGGAGUGCUUGUUCAAGGACGAUAAAUGGUGGGACGAAGUGCAUUUGGGGAUUCUCAAGGAGGAGUGGCAGCUAAUCAGACAUUGA